AAAUAUCCAUCAUGGCUCCCGAUGCCUGACGUGUGACUACGGACAGGAAGUUCGGGGAUUUAUUUUAAGACAACGCUACCACGAUCCGUGGUUUCUAAUGUGUGCAAAAUGGGGGACUCACCGGAGUCCACUAAUGUGGACCCAGAAAACCAACUUCUUGGAUCGUCAACAAGCUCCCUAGAUUCCAGUGGGAGGAAGGCUAGACCACCGAACAAGAAACGGUAUGAAGAGGAACUAGAAGCACUCCAAAACACUAUCAAGGAAAAGGAAGCUGAGCUGAAGUCAAUUACACAGCACCUGAGCGAUGACACGCACAAAAAUGGCCUCCGUACGAUGCGAUCCGAGAAGAGUGCUCAUAUAGACAGACUAAAACACAUUGAGCAUGAAGUUAAAACCCUGAACUCGGACAUCUCAAAAAAGAAGGGGGAACUAGACCGGUUGCAAUCCGCUCUACAUUACAAGAGCGAGGACCGGAUUGACCAUUCCAUAACAAGACUUGAUUCCCUGCUUAAGAAUCAGAAUUUUAAGCUCUCUGAGGAAAAGAAGAUCGUCACUGAAAUAAAUAGCCUGAAACGCUCAAAAAAAGUCUUACGGGAUUUCUUAGCACUUAAGAAGGAGAAUGACGACAUGCGGAGCAAGCAGAAAAGUCUGCGAGAGGAACGUGAUAGUUUACAAACGUUUGUUAACCAGCUCCGCCGCAAAGAAGAUGAACAUAAAGAUGUGGUGCACAAAAAGAAACAUCGAAAGGACACCCUCAAGAAAGAGCUUGAUAAUCUGUAUGACAUGAAGCGGCGCAUGGUGCAAGAUUUUAAGCAACAAGAGAAGGAUUAUGUUGAGGUCAAGGGUGAAAUUCGACGACAGAAACGAAAAGAAAUUGUAAAGAAAAAGGAGGAACCAUGUUCUCAAAUGGAGGCAUUCCAAAAAUCGUUGGAGGAGUACGCUGUACAGAGGGAGCCUUAUGCAGACGAAAUCAAUCUGUGCAAUACCCUCAUAUACUACCUACAGAAGUAUAUACAGAACCAAGACGACCUGCCUCAGGACGAACCACCCGCUGGCAAGGGUCUUAAUUUGUCGUCCUCUAACUGUUCCGCUGAACUAGCAGCUGAACUUGAGGAGGGAAUGUAUGUGCUUAGACGCAAGACAGAGGAGGAUUCAGAGUAUCCUGGGACGGGUCGUCGUUCCGGAAAACGCCGCCUCAGCAAAAAGGGCAAACGUUUAUCAUCUGUUACAAAGCCUGUGACACACACACCUCAGAUAUUUUCCCAGUUUGCCUCUCUAAACCUGAAUGCGCCUUCAAAUCAUUCCGAAAUACCGGCUUCCUUGGAGCAGUUGCAAGCUCGGAAGGAUUUCUAUAAGGACGGUUGCCAGCUGAAUCAGUCUAUUACCACACCUGCUAUAGAGGAGCACCACACUAGCGAUGCAGGCGUCUCCACUAGUGACGCUGGGAUCUCGCUGACGGAAAGCGGUAUGUGCGAGAUGUCCCGCCAGGCUAGCAACACAGAAAGUACGGAGAACCCGGCAGAGCUACAAUUUGGCUUUCUGGAUGAGCUUGUGAAACUGUCGAGUGAGGAAGCUGCGUCCGAAACAAUGUCCGAGGUUUCCGAGGAUACCCUCGGGCGGAGCAAUUCAAAUUCUGACUCCACUGAGCAAGCUCAGUCAGAAGGAGACUUAUCGGAUGGCACUCCCACAUCUGUGCAGGAUAAAGAGGCCGAAAUUAGCAGUGAUAUAGGUAGUGUGAAACCAGAAAGAGCAGGUAUAGCAGGGUUAAAGUGUGAGAAUAGUUUAGUUGGGGAACCAAUGCUCAAUAGCACGUACAAUGACAAUAAAUGCGAUUGUGAUAACCAAAAAGGCAACGUCCUCACUAAUCGGGGCUCAGAGCUAGGGAAAGACAACUCUGGUAUGCAUAAACUGAAUAUACGAGAUGACCCUGUUAACCAGGGGUCAAAGGUUAGGGAAGUUGUGCCCGAUGACUGUCAGGAGACGGACUACGAGUUUGACAUGCCACCGGAAACCUCACCAUGCGUGUCUUGAUGUUAGUAACUGCUUAGCCACCAUGACUGUCCUGCGUGUUGUGAAUGUCGAAGGGUUAGGAAUCCAGAUCAUUCAAUGUGGUUAUAAGUUUACAGAAAUGUUCAAAUGAAAAAAGUUUUUAAUUAAUUUAAAUUUUAUUUAAAUUACUAUAUAACAGGUAAUUUUUGUGGGAGUAUUGUAUUUGCAUUUUCCAUGGAAGGAUUCAACUGCAAAUUAAACAAUGCAGGGGAAAAUUCGUGUUUCAGGCAUUAUUGUAAGAUCUAGGUCAAGACUUUACCCUUUCACCCCUAUGCAACUUUUGUAGACUCUAUCAUGCUUUGAUCUGGAUGAUUCCAUUAUGGUCUACAGCGAUGAAAGGGUUAAGACAAACAGCAAUACAUACAAAGAACAUCAAACAGUUCACUUUAUGAAUUUAAACGUUAAUUAGAAUAAAAUUACAUUCUAUUCAUGUUUAUAUAUGAACAAGGUUUACUGUUAAAAUGUUGACACUUUUUCAAAUACCUCUGCAGUAUUUCAAUGUUUCAACAAAAAUAAAAACAAUUGUAUAAGAAUAAAUACACAAUACAGGGCUAGAAAGUAAGACAGGGCUAGAAAGUAAGUGUAUCCCGAUAGUCUGAGACUAGUGAAAUCUGCAGCUGGACUAGUGGUUCUCAAAACAGCUAGCAUGAUUGACUACCGGUAAGUCAAAAUUUCAUAUUAGUUAUCUUGGUGAAUGAUAUUUGGUUAGCGGAAUUUUUACAAGGACUAGUAAAAGUUGGAAAGUACUAUCACAACUGACUGGUGUUAUUCAAAAUUAAUUUCUAGCCCUGCAAUAGAAAGUUUUAUAAACAUCUAAUUGUGCUAGAAUACCACAGACUGUCCUAAUUUCUGCUAAUUCUACAAUGCACGAAUGUCAAUUCCAUCAGGAAAAUGCGAAGUAACCCUGCACAAAUUCAAAGUUGUAUACACUACAUGCUACUAUGUUUUGCUGUUAGAUGUCAUCAUCAAUCAUUUUUAUUGUGUGCUUUAUUAUAAAGAAACGUCGUCACCAUAUUUUCUUUCUCACUUUGAAACAGAAGUUCUUUCAUGGUCCUGUUCUACCAGUCCGUUGUAAAACUCAAAUACAUAUUUAUAAUUUAUUGUACAAUGUACAAGUAUUUAUAUAUUCAAGAGAUUUUAACAGUAGUUUUGCUAUAUUUUGUGAAAUUUUAGUUUUAAAAUUGUUGUGUAGAUUUUACACAUCUGACUGGGGGGAAAAUCAGUUUUUCUAGAGAACAUAUAUAUAUUUUUUAUUAUCUAACAAAUUUACCCUCGCUAGUUGCCUUAGACCAGUCCGGGGUAAAUAAGUCUAUUUUAAUUAGGAUUUUAUCAAUGGUUGACAGAAUUAAAAAUCUUUCACAGGGCAUUCUGACUCCAGAAGAAUUUGGUCAGUGGUCAACAAAAAUAUAUAUCUGUCUCGGGGUAUUCCGAGUCCAGAAACAAAUAUAUGUCAAAGUGCGUUCUGGACACAGCAGGGUUUAAUCAAUGGUCAACAGAAAUGAAAAUCUUUUGCAGGGUAUUCUAAACCCUGAAUAAUUUAGUCAUUGACCACUUAACGUAAAAAAAUAUUGUAUCUCUUUACCUGUGAUAGACUGAGGCUUACUGAGUAGAGUUGAGCCCUAUUUGUUUUUAUAGCAAAUUGUAAUAUUAUAAUCAUACAGCUGAAUAUGUAGUAAGAGAUCUAGACUACCUUUGCCUGGGAGGGCAUUUUAGUUUAAUUAAGGAUUGAAAUGUAUUUUAGGACAUUCCUUGAUUCAAACGAGCACAUCUUGGCGAGUAUAUAUAUGCUUGAACAAAACUGCAUUGCAUAUCAUCAUAAAUAUUAUAACCAUGCAUUUCAUUCCUUAUAUUUACGUCCAAAACCAAAAAGAAAAUUGUGUAACAUCUUUCUUAGAGGUUUCUUUCAACCCAUUGAUACAUUUUGAAUGAGCUGUUAUACCAAAUGGUGGAACAGCCAUUUUUGUGGGAACCUGGUACAUUUGUAUAGUGGUUUCUAUGGUAACCAGUUCAGUUGGGGACAAACAUUGGUUGGAAAUCAUAUUAUAAUUUUGUCGUAAAUUGAAAUUUCAUUUUAAAAAUCAUGAAAAAUCAUCCCCCGAAUGGUCAUAUGUAAAGAAAAGGGGAAACAACACCAAUGAUAACAGGUUUUAUGUUGCAGAUGGUGUCAUGAAAAAGAACAUAAAAUCUCCACAAAAUCGAUUGCUGUGUAUGUACAUUCUGUUCUUAUUUCUGACAUAGAAAACAGAAGGAGUUAUGAAUGAAUUAUAUUUUGUGGUAUAGUAGUGAUAAUAAUUUUUAUUUUGGUCACGAAGCAUCAUUACAAUAUUUGGUGUUUUUUUAAGAAAUAUAUUGUGUCUUUUUUUUUUUAAAUUGAAGUUCAUUGAUUUGUUAUUGUUUUCAGUUGAUCAAAUAAGAUUUAACAUUGUCGAGGCAUUUAUCUACAAGGGUUCCAUCAAAUUUAUUCGUAAAAUAGUUACCAAUAAGACUGCAAGUUUUAUACAAUUGUAAAUAAUUUUUGUGAACACUUAAAUUUCACAAUAGUACUUAACAACUUAUAUGUAUACAUAUACAUGUACUAAUUUUUGCAUUUAUGCAUCAGACCUCUUAUAUACGAGGCUUUAAGUCACAAAUUGAGCAAAAACAGAAAUAAGUUCCCUAAUAAAAAUAUAAGCCAGAUUUUUUAAUUUGUGAUAGGAUGUCCUCACAAAAUAAAGCGAAAUUAUGUCAUGUAUAAAGUGAUUUAUAAGUUUGUUACAGUUAAAUUAUAUGAAAGACAUAAAUAAUUUUACAUAGAUGUAAAUAAAUUUUCAAACAUACUGUAGGAGUUGAAAUUUUCACGCUGCAGAAAUGUUCAUGUAUAUUUGCGUUCAGAAUGUCGCACCCAAAGACAUCCCCACGUGAAUAUGAUUAUUGAUAUAUUACAUAUUUAGAUAGAUUUCAUAACUACAUGACGUAUUGACAACGUGAAAAUUGCCACACCGCAAACAGUUUAAAUAGUCACAGCGCGAACAUUUCCACCCGCGAUAAUUUUCACUUCUACAGCUGUGUAACAUGAAUGGUACUCUGUAUAUAUUGAACAGGAUUCUCAGGUUUUGUAGAGGAUUCUCAGGUUUUGUAGAACUGCAGAUUGACGCUUGUGUGGUUGAAUGUGGACAAAUGAUCAUUACAUACAUAUUGAUUAAUAAAUCUGUGACAAUGAAUGCAACAGUUUUAUUAUAUUUUGUACGUACUGUUUUAUGAUUCCGCCCCAGUCUCAUCCUUGGAAACAAAAGAUUCCGCUCUUGAUAUUCAUACCUUCUCCGCACCUCAUAUUUGAAUUUGUUAUAACCAAAUCGAAGGCUUGCAGGAAGCUAUUCGAUUGGUUUCGGGUAUAAAAAACUGACCAGUCGCUAGGUUGAUACCUGUCCUGUGAAGAUUACAGAGGAGCAACACUCGACCUCAAAGCCUGUUGAUUUUACAUUUUCGCUGCGGCAUGAUUAUUUUGAUCUUAAUUUAUCAAAAGACUUUCCUUUCUUUUAUUUUCUGUCUUCUUUCUCUUUUUCCGGCAGUGACUCCCUAGGCACCCGUCCUCCUAUUACCAUGACCAUUGCCAGGAUGUAAACCCAAACAAAAUACUAAAAAUUAUUAAAGACAUCAUUUUAGUCUAAAAAAAUCACCAGCAAAGUCCACAGCCUCCAAAUUUUGUUAUCAUACAUUCAAAGGAUGCAGAGAAGAUACGUAUAACCAGAUUGGAACUCUUGUGUACAAGGAUGCCCAGAUAUAGACUUUUUCCACAAACACUUCUCAAAAUUCUAAUUUCUUAAUAGUUCUUCUCGGUGUCUCCCUCUACACAGCCACAAUCUGUUUUCCUGCAUCGUCAUUUUCUACACGAUAGAAUGUUAGCCAAUAUGACGUUUUUUGUGUGAUGUUUCGUAUGGAGAGUUUUGCGUCUUUGUAACCCAAAAUUAAAUCAUAUGAUCACUAUUUUUAUUUUAAUGAUUUUUUGUUUAUCAUUGGACAGAGUACAAAAUUUACAUGAUGAUAUUUUGUACAACCUCAGUGUGAAAUGGACAAACUUGUAAUUUUGAACAACACUUGAAGACAAACUGGUGGGUUUUUUUCUGUGGUUUUUAAGUACAAAAGAAGCCGGGGAUAUUGUUACAGAAAUAUUUCUCUGUCUUUGUAAAGCAGAAAUCGUUGUUGUAAGCAGAUAAAAAAUUCAAUCUAAAUCUCUAAAAUGUAUAUAUUAAUUUUAUCCAAUGGCAGGAGCUGACUUAUACCAUCAUCUUCUGUUACUUCCAUUUCUUCCAUUUCUUCCAUUUUCUUUCAUAAUGUUCAAAUAUGUCACAAAAGCUGUCUUUUUCACUUCGAAAUUAGUUGUUUAAGUCUUGAUAGAUCUGGAUAGAAAACAGACUUUUUUAGUCUAGUAAAAUUAUGCCUGUCAUGACACAAAUACCUAGUUAAGGUAAAAUUACACCAGAAAAUAACACGUCAUGAUACAAAUACCAGGUAAAGGUAAAAUUACACCUGUAAUGCUGUUAAUACAAAAUAAAGAUAAAAUUGCACCUGUCAUGUCAUGAAUACCUGGUAAAGGUAAAAUUGCACCUGUAAUGCUGUUAAUACAAAAUAAAGAUAAAAUUGCACCUGUCAUGUCAUGAAUACCUGGUAAAGGUAAAAUUACACCUGUAAUGCUGUUAAUACAAAAUAAAGAUAAAAUUGCACCUGUCAUGUCAUGAAUACCUGGUAAAGGUAAAAUUGCACCUGUAAUGCUGUUAAUACAAAAUAAAGAUAAAAUUGCACCUGUCAUGUCAUGAAUACCUGGUAAAGGUAAAAUUACACCUGUCAUGUCGUAAACACCUGGUAAAGGUCAAAUUAUACCUGUCAUGUCGUAAAUACCUGGUAAAGGUAAAAUUAUACCUGUCAUGUCAUAAAUACCUGGUAAAGGUAAAAUUAUACCUGUCAUGUCGUAAAUACCUGGUAAAGGUAAAAUUAUACCUGUCAUGUAGUAAAUACCUGGUAAAGGUCAAAUUACACCUGUCAUGUCGUAAACAACUGGUAAAGGUCAAAUUACACCUGUCAUGUAGUAAAUACCUGGUAAAGGUAAAAUUAUACCUGUCAUGUCGUUAAUACCUGGAAAAGGUAAAAUUGCACCUGUCAUAUCAUUAAUACAAUGUUGACAAAAGAAAGCAAUUGAAUUACAGGGUAUUGAUAUGUAGAUUUACAUGUUGUCCUCGUAAUUUUUUCAUAAAACAUUACAUAAUGAUAUAAACAUGAUAAUAAUAAUUUGAGGCUCUUAUAUACCGCUUUAUCACAACCUAGUUCGUAGGUCGUCUCAAAGCGGUUCACAAAUUAUGAAUGCGAUAGAAUUGCUUUAUUCCUGAGAAUGUUUUCUAUAUUCCGACUGUUGUGAUUCCUCGUUAUUUAUCAUUGAUGACUAAACUUAAUUCAUUAGCUCAUUUACCCCUGAAGACACAUUUGAACUCUUCCAAUUCAAAAGUUGGAAUAGUUCACUAUGAAAUUUCAGGGGUGAAUGAGUUGCACAAACCUACCUAAUGUUUGUACAGAUGUAAGUAUAAUCUAGUGCCUCUACUUUCAUAGCCUAGUAACCAGGUGAAAACUGAACACCAUUGGGGACCAAACGCUCCAUUCUGAGAAUGAAAGUUUUGGAUUGCACAAUGUCUUACUCAUUCACCCCUGACAUUUCAUAAUGAACUAUUCCAACCUUUGAAUUGGGAGAGUUCAAAUGUGUCUUCAGGGAUGAACUAGUAAAUAAUCAUGUUUGCUAUGUUAUUGUCAAUGUUCAUGCAUGUUAUAUAACAUAGUAAGGAAAUAGGUUAAUGUACAUUUUCAUCCUUGAGAAUCCAGGGGUUACGCUCACUUUUGCUCUCUGCACCCCUGGAAUAUGUCAUAGCAAAAUUGAAGGCUCAGUGUGUGCCACCUUGAUGAUGAGACAAGAAGACUAGUUCGAUCCUUUGAUGAACAUUGAAAGAAUCUCCUGGUCGUGUUACGGUAAAAAUUGACAGGCUUUAAAGUUGUGUGUCGCUCCUCUGUCAUCUUCCAAGGAUAGGUGCAUCAUCCUGGCGAUUUGUCAGGUUUUUUUUAACCCGAGUAACCUGAGACCAAUCAAACAGCUACCUUUAUGCCUUCCAUUUUCUAUGACAUAUUCCAGGGUGCAGAGAACGAAAGUGAGCGUAACCCCUGGAGUAUCGAGGAUGGUACAUUUUCUGUCUGAUUAAGUUACGUAAAAUGUGGAAUUUACAAAAAAAACAACAAACAGGGGUAAUGCUCACCUCACCUACUUUCUCUUCAUCCCUGGAAUAUGUCAUGAAAAAAAUCAAAGACAGGCAGUUAGCUAUUUGAUUGGUUUCAAGUAAAAAAAAAAAGACUGACCAAUAGCUAGGCUGAUAUCUGUCCUUUGAGGAUUACAGAGGAGUGUCACCCAAAUACAAAGCCUGCCAAAUUUACCGUUGGGCUGCUAUGGGAUUCUUUUGUUGUACAUAAAAGGAUCAAACUAGCCUACUUGUAUCGUCAACAAGGAGUGUACACAGCCUUUGAUUUCAUGAAAUAUUCCAGGGCCCGAAUUCAUCAAACUGCUCUCAUGCUCAAGUAUGAAUUCUGUGCUCAAACCGACUUUCUUGCAACUCGUAUAAAUCGCUUAACACGGUCAAAUAGUCCACUUUAAACAUUGAAAACAAUCUUCGGCUUAUAGUCUCUCCAAAUCUCCUACAUAUCAUUGACAAAAUAUGAUCAUUUUAUUAAUUUAUCACUGGCACAUGAAAUUUGACUUGAGCACAGGAUCUAGGUUUGAACAUUAGAACGGUUUCAUGAAUAAGGGCCCAGGGAUGCAGAAAAUUUCAAGGAUGAAUUUCACAGUAGGCACUGUGAAACAAUGAAGAUGAACUCGUAAGAAAUUUAAAAAAAAGGGAGUCUACCACUAUAUAAACUAAAACAUCUCAAUAUUCUAAAUUAUUUUUGCUUAAAAUGGUCUUGUACAAUGGUUUUUGUCUUUCCGCCAUGAAGUGGAGACGAGACUAAGAUAAUGCUUUUCCGGCAACGGUGUCAACAUUAAGGUUUUGUGUUUAAGUAAGUUUCACUGAAUGUAUAAGUGCUUGACCAACCAAACUUGGACCAUAGAUGCAUCUUAGGUAGUACAUCUCAACCCAUGCAUCAAAUGCUGGAUGCGGCCUACCUUUCAUGGUCCACUGACUUUGUCAGCAUCUCCAUCAACAUUAAGUUUUUGGGUUUAAGUUAGUUUCUCUUGAUAUGUGCAUUCAUCGGUCAAAGCGGGGUAUAGGCGAGACAUAUCAAUCCGAAUGGCUUGUUUACGACAUAUGAUAGCUCUGUGAGUAACCUGUUUCCCUUGCUGUUUUGACUAUUAUAAUGAAUUUCCCUAUCUUUCUAUGGAAUCAAACUAGAGUUGGAAUUGAGUAGCAAGGUUACUUUUCAUUGGCUGUUAGUUGUAAGCAUUUAUUGACUUAACAAGGCAUAAUCCAAUACCAAUAAUGUUUCAUUUUAUAACUUUUUCCUCGUUGUUGUUUAAAAUGAUUAAAGGUUCAUUUUAAAAAUGAUUUAUUGACUGGAACACAAGAGAAUAAUAUCCUCUUUAUUUAUCUGUGCUAUUAAUUGAUAUUUCUAUUUUCAUUUUGAAAAUGAUUUAUUAGUUGGGGAAAUUUUUAAAGGGAAAUAAUCAUUUCUUUAUUUGUCUUUUCAUUUUGAAAAUAAAUUAUCAAUUGAAACUUUUUCAAGGUUAUAAUAAUUUAAUCAGGCAAUUAAUAGUUUGAUAAUGGAGAAAAAUUGAAAAUGAGAAUGAAAGGGAUAAUUAUUUAAUCAAAAGGGUGUGCAGGUAGUGUUGUUAGUUGAAUUGAGAUAUUUGAAAAAUAUUUACAUGAUUUCAAUAUGCAGAAUUUGAAGUGUUAUUACAUUGUCAUGAUCUUUGAUUAUUUUUAAUUUAUGUAUUAUAUUCAAACAUUGUUGAAGCCUGUUUUUAUAUGUACAUUUAUGUAUCUCUAUGUCGCGGUGUUAUCGACAAAUAAAAACAUAGGAAUUGAUGAAGAA